UUAUAUAUUAGAUUAUCUUUAAACGAUGACAUUAGCAAGGAAGAGGCUGAUGGUCACCGACUCCGCCGAGAAAGGCAAAGCGUAUGAACAACACUCAAAUUCGACAGCAAAAGAAGAACCCAGACAAAUUAAGGAGGAACAUACAAAUUUCAUAGACCAAAAUGCAGGGAACAGUAAAUAAAGAAGCAAUGGAGAGCAUAGCACGGAGGCUAUCAACGGUCGAAAACCUCUACUUCCCUUUCUCUCUCCAAUCCAACGCCUCUAGUCCCGCUCAGCGCCAGUCUCUCCUUCUCGACCUUCUCUUCCGAGACGCCGCCGUUUUCUUAGAGCGAUACGGUGCGCAAUUAACAUGUGAAGAACUUGAAGAGUUUGAUACGCUAAAGAAGGAUUACGAAAUAAACUGGCACUUAAAGAAUUUAAGAAGCAAGAUGGCUCCGACUACUGAGGAGUUAAAAUCAAGGUCGGUGAGGGUGAAGAAUAGGAGAUUGGCAUACUUAAAUAGAUUGAUCAAUGAUGGGAGUUAUUUUUCAGAGGAUUCUAUGAGGGAAAGAGAGCCCUAUUUGCAUCAUGAGUUUGUAGGCAAGUUUCAGGAUCAGACUGCUAGGGGUAUGGCUAGGCCUGGGGAGCGCUGGUCCGAGACUUUGAUGAGGAGGUCAGAAGAGGCCAUUUUGGUUUCCAAGAUUAGGGCGGAGCAGAUGAGGUUGGGUGUCGAUGAGAGGGAUUGGGUUGGGAAUGGAAUGAACCAGCAAGAAGAGGAGGAGGAAGAAGACGAGGAGGAUGAAGAGGAGAAUGAAGUAGUGGGGAAUUCUCAUUACGGUCAGAUGCUUGAUGCUCCCAAUGUUGCCCCACAAAUCAGAGAGCAGCGGAAUGAGGGAGCAAGUAUAUCAUUAGAAGAGAAGGAAGAUAUGAUGAAUCAGUUUACCUACAUUAUGCACCAAAAAUUUCUUUCAGGGGAAGAUCAUCAGCACUUAGAUUACUCAAAAAUUGAUGACAAUGAGACCUUGGACGAUCACUGGCUUAGGGAAGCUAAUGACGACGCUGAGGAUAAGUAUUUUGCUGGAGAUGAAGAUGAUUAUGAUGAUCAGACACAGCUGCAUUGACUAUGCUGCUAACCCUUUUACAGCAUAUACUUUCCUUUUGUAGAUAAGCACUCUUAUGUUUCCUGUUUCAGUGAAUGAUCUGAUCUGGAUUGUGUUUUAAUUGCUCGUGGUUUUCAUAGCUUAGCAGAGUAUAUAGCAGGAGAGUGAAAUGACAUUUGCUAAACUUAAAUGGAUUCAGAAAUUUAUUUAUUUUUA